GACUUAAGUUUCUCUCAUUCAUGCUAGUGAUGGGCUAUCUGAAGCCAGGCUUCGAGGCUUGUACUGAGUAAUAAGGGGGCGUGUCCGAUGAAGCCCCGCUUCGAGGCUUGUGUCGUCUUGUUGAAAACCACAUGACUGGCAACAAACGAGGCCUCACAUUGCAUGGGUCACGUGACUGCUUCAUUUUGCGUGUCAAGCGUGAUGAGCCGCAUGGAUUUUUGUAUUUGAUCGCAUCAGAGGAGAAUUUGUCUUCAGAAGUGGCCAAAAUAAAAGGAACCUUUUAUAGUUCAUGUAUAUUAACAUUUUGAUGAUGGCACUCAUCAAAAUGUAAUGUUUGUUACCGGUUUUCUCAAUUGUUGAUUAUGGUAUAUUUUGUUAUUUUUUAUUUGUGUGUUUAUUAUGUAAAGCACUUUGAAACUGCAAAGUUGCUGAAAUGUGCUGCACAAAUAAACUUGAUUGAAAAGGAUCUCGCAAGAAGGAAAAAAAAAAUCUGACAUCAGAGAAUACUUGAGAUGAUCGCUCGCAAGAUUCUUAAAUAAUUAAACCCUUCACCUCCAAAAUUCUCACCUUCUUGAAAUUUCCACUAUUUCUUUGUUCUGCAAAAAUAUAUCAGCCUUGCACAACAGAAAUAGACUUAAAGCUGUUGGAAGAGUAAAAUUCUGGCCUGAUGAGUAAAAAUAUAAGGCAUCAGAGAGCCAAUAGAAAUCCAAGAAAAAGAGAAUUUUAGUUUUUAGGAGGCAAAUCAAAACUCAAAGAAUACUGUCUGUCCCAACAAGCACCGCACUCCCGAGUACACUAAAACAAAUGUCUGUCAAAUCAGUCGAUGACGGAAGAAAACAGCCACUGACAGUCAACAUAUACCAGGAUUGGCUACAAAUUAUUUUAAUAACUAAAAAAGAUUAGCUAAAUAGGAUUUAAUUGACUCUCCUGUUACUAAACAUGAGUUUGACAAAAACUUUGUGACAAUAUUGCAUUUACUAAUUGUUUUUAAAUAUGUCUGUCUGAGUGACAGUUUGAACAGCAGAUGCCACGAGUGAGAAACGAAUGAACCAACGAGUAACGAACCUUUGGGCAAAGCAACGGGCCUGGAAGCUUCAUUGCUUCACGAGGCUUCAUUUGGCCAUCACUAAUUCAUGCAGCUCAAGGUUUCAAAAAACAACUAAGUAUUUGUUAGUUUUUAAGUAAGUAAGUAGAAAAGUGAAAACAGUUAAGUUAAUUUGGAAAACAUCCCAUGAACUGACCAGACAAAAGAUGUGUGUCUCUUUUUAUACCUGGAGCAGGAGGUGGGCAACUCCAGGCAUCGAGGGCCGGUGUCCUGCAACCUUUACAUGUGUCUCUACUUCAACACACCUGAGUCAAAUAAUGAGGUCGUUAGCAGGACUGGAGAACCUGACUGCACUUAGGAAGUGAUUCAACAAUUUGAUUGAAGUGUGUUGAACCUGAGAGACCUCUAAGAGUUGCAGGACACCAGCCCUCAAGGGCCUAGAUUGCCCACCUCUGACCUGGAGGAAAAUAUCUAGCCAUCUGUUUGUGACCUCAAGCUGAAACAAACUUGGAUUCUGCAGCAGGACAUUGAUCCAAAACACACCAGUAAGUCCACAUUAGAGUUCAUGGAAAUCAAACUCAGGAAUUUUAGUUCCUGAAAACAAACAUUUUUCAGGAACUAAAAAUUUUUCGUUCCUGAAUUAAAACAGCAACAACUUUCUGCUGUUCAACAAAAAGUUGUUGUUGAACAGCAACUUCUUGCUAACUUUUGUCUAAAUAUAUGAAGGAAAAAUGAGUCUAAGUAAAAAAAUUUUUAAAAAAUGCAUAUUGAAGAUAUUUCCACAGAAUAUAAAAACACUUUUUGGCUGCUAUGUUUCCACUCUAUUUCCACUUGAAGUGAAGAGCUUCACAUGACACUGGAUUGUCAAAGACUAGCUUGGAUAAAGGUUUUCUCAUUUAGUUACAAAAAGUGGUGUUGGAGCGGCCACAAGUAGGUGUGAUCUAGAACUUUUUAGGAUGCUGAAUUUUUUUUUUCUGUGCUUUGGUCUUCAAUUUUCUGCUUUGGCUUUGUUUGCACAACACAAAAACAUUCUCUUUCCAUCCACAUCGUACACCGACGUCUCGAAUGACGUUCCCAACAUGUUUGAAAUUUAAGUUUUACUUGAAGUUUGAUUCAAUAAAAGUUUUUAAAUAUGUUUUACACAGUCGUUCCCUUUAGGUUUGAGCUGGGAUGCAGAUCAAAUUCAAAGUUUGCAAUAAACACCAACAAAAAUGCAGUUCUGGUCAGAAAUUUUGCCUCCAGUCUUGAAAAUGAAGAUUUGUAUUUUUUAGAAUUUUUUAUUCUCCAUUAUAACUAUUCUUUAUCAGGGAUGGAACGGUUAUGUUGUAGAGCAAAUAAUUUAAAUACAAGGAUUCUGUGCACAGGUUUAACUUUUUAGUGAAUUCUCCCUAAUUCAAACAUGGUCAAGAUAUGUUCACAUCCUCCCAUUGGUUCCUGGUUAAAUGUUCCUUAUUAACUUACAUCUUAAGUCCCCACAUUUGGAGGCCUUAGUCCUCAACUCCCUGUCCUGGCGACCUUUGCCGCAUGUCCUCCCCCCUCUACUCACCCUCUUUCCUGUCUGCCUACUGUCGCAAAAAAAAAAUGUGAGCCACUAGCGCCGUAAAAACUCUCCGGAGAAAAAAAACAAAAAAAAAAAAAACACGUACACCUUAAGUCACUGGAAUGGCUUUGCUAAAGCCUUGAUAUUAAUCUUAUUGAACAUUUGUGGACCACUCUUCAAAGCUUAGUGUGGUUAAUGUUAACCCACUUAUCCACCAAAAGGAGCAAGAUUUUCAAAGUUGAGGUUCCGUCUCCUUCCUCAUUAUUCCAUUUACUUUGUUCACUGCAACUGUUUCACAAACAGUGAAACACUCUUCACUGUUCUGUAGGGAUGCAAUCAUUCUGGCAAAGAAGGAAUUAAUAGACCUUCACAGUUGUCAUACUAGGUACGUGAGCCCAAGAUGUAAAACAUUUAUCUAAUUCUGUGGGCAUAAGUGUGGUCCUUUGUGCAUUAGGAACAAAAAAAAUAACUAAACUUCCUAUAGUCAUUCAACCCUGGAAAAAGAAGAGUUCAUAAUGAAAUUAUUAGAGCAACAUCAAAUUAUAACAUUUGGUGUAUACAAACUUUGAUCAAAGUUCCUGUUUACUCAUGAACAGACAUGCCUGGUGAAGCCUUCAUGCUUCUUCCUCUUUAUAACCAGAUGGGUUGGUCACACAAACAUAGUCUGAUUUUACGUCACACAAAGGAAACUAGAUCUGUUGAGUCAAGGGGAAGGGCUUAACUUUUUCUGUCAGUUUCAUUUACUUGGAAGCUACGAUGGCUGCUGAGCAGGAACAAAGACAGGAAUAUAAGGACGACAGUGACGUUUUCCAAAGAAAUGCUUUACUACUUAUUGAUAAGAUGGUGGAAAUGGCUUCACUCAUUCAAGAAGACACUUCAGAACUAGUGGAUGAGAUUCUUCACAGCAUCUUCUUUAUGGGGGAAAUUACCGUUCCAGAGUUUUCUCCCAGACAACUUUUUGUUGAUGAUGUUGACAUGUUUGAUUACUUAAAGGAAACCUAUCCGGAGCCUUUCACACUUUAUUCCUCUCGUCUACCAAGACGGAGUCCAUUUUCAUGUGUGCUGGACAUGGUUGUUCAUCUGGAAGGUCAAGAACAUGAGGAUAAUAUUAGAGAAACCCUGCAGGAACUCGUCCAAGAGUUGAAGAGAGACACUUCCAAAAACGUGUUGUAUUCCACCACAAUCUGCAUCUCUGCUGGCAACAGCGCAGAUCCAGUGAGACACUAUGGAGUCUCCAUGUCCACCACUGGUCGUCCUGCAGGCCAAAUCCUGGUUGCUGCAUCCUGCCUUAACUUCUGGGAGGAACAUGUAGCUGAUGCAGUGAUGAGCUACUAUCCUAAAAAAAGUAGGAAGACAUACUUUGACGUAAACAUCCAACUUCCUGCAGAUGUCAGAUGUGAAGCCUUUAACAUUAGAAGCAGAGAAGCAAUAAGUCCCUGCCUUUCUUGUAAAAAUAUGUUUGGCUUGGUUACGACUAAGGAACAGGUGUGGCCAUAUGGCAACUGCGCCGAAGCUGAAAGUUUGAGUAACUUGGUUAGCGAGGAAGAAGUUAGACAGCGAGUACAAAGAAAUGGAAACUGGACAGAAGAAAACCAGGGAAGGGCUAAACGUGCUGUUGAAAAUCAUCUUAGAAAUGAACUGAAGAAGGUUGGCUUUGAAUGGGACAACCAGUUCUACACUGCACAAAGAGCAAUAGCUGAAAAUGAUGGUGAGGAAGAACCUCUGCCGGAAUAGGCUUUUACAAGAUGAAGAGCAGAUAUUAACAAUGACUCAACUGUAACGUCGCAAACAUCUGAGAGAUCUCAACAGUUGGGAACUGGAAAUCAUUUUUAAUCUUUUCUACAAAAUGCAGAGCUUAACAUAUUUUUGGGAAAAAAUAUUAUUGAGGUUAAAAAAUUUAAUUUAUUGGGGGGGCGCUGUAAGAUGUAGAGGUGUUGGAUUGCGCUCUCGACCACAACGUUAAACAAAUAUCUAAAUGCCACGAUAAAAACAUCUAGGAGCCGGCGCUAUUGGCACUGUACCUCUGUCUAGCAACCGGACACCAUGUUGCCGUCGAAGAAAGCCACCAACUCCGGGAAAAAUAAGACCAUGGAUGGAUACAUCGGCGGUGCUAAUGCUAACGAAGCUAAUGCCUUGCCGGCGGGACUGCAAACGAAACCGGGGACCACGCUUCAGAUGACAAAACCCAAAAGCUUGUGAUGUGCCAGGAAAUAUGUAAAAAUAUGUCAGCCUCAAUUCUGGAGAAACUUGAUGAGUGUUUCGACGCAGUUGAAGUUAGACUCCAAUCUGUCUUAGCUGCACAGCCUGACUUGCAGAACCGCAUGGUUGGUCAAGAGUCAGCAAUCAAUGCACACGAAGAGCAACUUGGGGAACUUGAAACUAAAUGUUCGGAGCUCACAAAGCUUAUAACCCAGCAGCAAACUAAGCUGCUGGACUUGGAGGCUCGUUCCCAAAGGCACAACAUCAAAAUUGUUGCCGUGAAAGAAAACUCAGAGGAGAUGAGGCCAACUGAGUUUGUCAGUUUGUCUCCAAGCUCAUUCCCGAAUUACUGGGCAAACAACAUUUCCCGCAUCCACUGAAGGUCGACCACGCACACCCCGCUCUCUGUGGCCCAAACCGGCGGCGGGUGAGAAACCGCGUACCAUCAUCGCCUGAAUACAUCACUUUCAGACGAAAGAGCAAAUUCUACGCCUUGCCAGGACGCAGCCACUGGAAUACAUGGGGAACAAAGUUCUGAUUUUCCCUGACUACACCAGGGAAGUAAUGAGCCAGCACCUUCACUAACGGGUCUUUGGUCUAAAGUGUUUGAUUGGUACUCCAAGGCAUACAAGACUCCG